AUGUUCGAAAACGGUUUCCUCGGCCUCUUCAAGUCCGCCAAGCCCCAGGACGAGCAAUCCCAGCAGCCUACCUGGAAUGCCUCCACUAUGACCAUGGAGCAACCCGCCAGCUACACCGGCGAGCAGCACGCUCCCUCGCCAGAAUCCGAGCAAAUGAAACUCCGCGGUGGUGGUGGCUGCUGUAAUGUGUGCUGCGGAUGCUGCGCCGGUCUCUGCGCGUUCGAGUGUCUCGAGGAGUGCUGCUAG